UACAAAGAAACAAAUGGUGCAACAUAACAGGAGGGUUAAAUGUAGUUGACACUACAAAGGGUUGCAUUUUGGGUAACUGAGUUUAUUCUGUGUUUAUCUCCCGCAGUAGACGUGUUUAGGUUUGCCACUGCUAUAUACACCCUUUUGCACUGAAGCACGCAAGAUGGACUCCAGCCUGUUACCUUACUUAGAUAUUGUACAACAAAUGAUGCAUAGUGGCUGUAGUGAUGUGGACAUAAAAAAACACUUGAUAUUUGAAUGUGGCUUUCGUAGAGGAGUGUCCGUGGCCAAUAUUCGGAAGUUUUGUAAAGACCACGGGUUAAAAAGACAGCGAGUGACGGACCAACAACUUGAAGCUGCAGUCUCCAAUGCAAUAACACAGGGUGGUCCUACCUAUGGCAGGAAAAUGAUGACUGGGAGUCUUGCAGCUGCAGGUGUCUUCGCAUCAGAGGGUCGUGUUGGAGCUGUUUUGCGCAACAUUCACCCACCUUACCAUAAGGCACGAUGCCAGGGAGCAAGGAACCUCAACCCUCUUCCUUACCAUGCAGCCUAUGUGGGUCACAAAAUCCACAUGGACCAAAAUGAGAAGAUUGUCAUGUUUGGCGUGACUCAUGUGGUGGCAAUAGAUCGCUUCUCCAGCAAAAUUGUUGGACAAGCUACUAUGCCUGUAAAGAACAACCUCACCAUCUACAAUGACGUUUACAGGAGUGCAGUAAUGGAAUAUGGGAUGUGGGACCAGGUCAGAGUGGAUCAUGGAAAGGAGUUCUACCUCACUCUUUUCAUGCAGGAGAAGUUGGCCAGCCACCGCCACAACACUGAAAGGCCACCAUAUCUCCAAACACCAUCGACAAAGAAUGACAGAAUCGAGAGAAUCUGGCCAGAAAUCAACAACCGGGUUAACUACCCGUUGAAAGCUGCAUUGGUCCAACUGGUGGAUCAGGAAGAGCUGGACAUGGAGGACCAGAUGACUCGGUUCUGUGUGUCAUCUUUGACAUGCCAGUUAGCCCAGAUCGGUGUUAACCGAACUGUGCAAGCAUGGAAUGCACACAGGAUUCCUGGUAUGUCUUCGGGGAGGGGGAUACCAAAUUACUUGGCCAGAGAUGGAUGCCCAAAUAAGCUGUCGACAGACCUAUUGCCAAAUGCAUCUGUGGCUGCAGACUGGUACGACCAGGAAGUGGGCUCACUGACAGUGUCAGACUUUGGCACCAACCCAUUUCCAAGUUUACAGGACCAGGAAGCUGCAGUGAGGGAAUUUGCUCUGCAGUGCCCUGAUACAAGUGUACUGCUGGACAAUGCAGUGAAUAAUCUGCCACAACCGUUCAAAGAUGGACUCAAAGGCCUCAUCGACAUCUCAAGGAGAAAUUGUCAACGCUGAUGUUUUUUUGUGUGUCUAAGUUGUUAUUGUCUGUGCUUUUUAAUUAAUUGGUUCAACUGACGGGAUGUUUUUUUCUUUUCUUCAAAUGUUGGGGGUCUAAAGGGAGAAAUAAGUUAUUUUUGAAUCAACACUUAUGUCUUUAAAGUCUGGCACGAAUUUCAUUUUUAAUCUGAAAUGGGAAAGGCUGGACCUGUAACACCAACUAUUGAUAGUGACACGGUGUGUUGACCCCCUGCCAGUGUGAGUAAGGCACUGGAAGAUGGCUUGUUCAGUGACCUCUGACCUAGGUAACAAACGUACACCCCAAAAUAUACACACACAAGACGGUUGCAGCCGGUUUCGGGCGGUGAAGCCAUGAUAACUUCAUACAUCAGCCACCAUCGUAUCACUUGUUUCAGGCUAAGAAGCCGGUCUCCCCGACAGCCGGAUAUCACAGAUUUGGACCCAGUGUGAAGAUUUCCCACUGGAGGAGGACCCCGAUGUGGUUGGGAACCUCGCUUGUUUAUGAAGGGCAGCUUAAGGACCCUGACACCCUCAGUUUGGAUGUCAAUCUGACACCUAUUGCUUCACUAAGAACACAGAUGAUGUCUGAGCACUACAAUCAAACAGCAGGAACAAACAUCAAUGAUAAACAAUCUGAGCCAGCCUAUAAAUCACAUCAUACUAAACACCAUUUUGACCUGAGCCUGUAGCAGGUAUGAAGCUUCAGUGAAGCUCAGUCAGGACGGUUCAUACAUCUGACAUUCACUUUUCAUUUGGAACAGCUCUUGGAAGGCAAAACGUUGAUGAUGUAAAUCAUGCGAGCAAAUUAACUGCAGAUGGAAGAAUCAGAGGAAUUGAGAUCCAGCAAUACAAUUCAAAUACAGAAAUGUAAUCCUAAUGCAAUGCUACCACUAAUUCUGAAGGCUUCCUCUUUUAGG